CACGCGCCUGCUGCAGUGCUGCUGAUGCCUGGACAUCGCAAAUACUUGCAAGUGCCCUCUCGCGAUCAUCGUGCUCGAGCUCGACCCCGCUCGCUUUGCUGCUGCACCUGCGAAUACAAUACAAUACAAUGCUGAUGGUGCUGCUGCAGCCCUUCCUGCGCCGCCUCUCGCCAUGUCGACUCUCCUCUCUUGCUUCUUUCUCCUCCUCUCACCGCUUCUGUAGCUUAAUCACUCCAUUCUCUUCAACGCUGUCUCCUUCUGCUCCUCCUCCGGACUCUGCCCCUGCGGAGCUCGACUCUCGCCCGCGUUUUCUUGCGCCCAUCCGUCACCUUCUCUCCGACGCCGUCCGCCGCGGCUAUGCCAAGUACAACUCCCAGGGUCUAGCACGCGCUACCUCCAACCCCAAGUUUGUUGCCGCUCCCGACGCUGCCAUCGUCUUGCAUUACUCUGCGAUCAUCCGAUCGAUUGUGAAUUAUUACUCCUUCGUGCACAGUCGCUCCUCCCUCUGGAAAGUCACCUCCAUCUACCGCAAGUCGUGUGCGCUCACCUUGGCCCGCAAGCAUAGCCUGCGGUCCGCGCAAGCUGCCUACAACAAGUUUGGUCCUAAUCUUCGCAUUUCCCAGCAGGACGCUGAGGAUGAUCCCGUAGUCCUGUUCUAUCCCGACUCCCUGAAAACCACUGGAAAGUUUAACGUCCACGCCCCCCGCUACAGCCAGGUUACCAUUUUGCAGGAGCCUUUUGAGAAGAGGAGAUGGCGUUAGGGCUGCCAAUCAUAGGUGUCUGUAAUACUAUAUUGCGAAUGCUCUCGGUCCAUACAUUUUUCUUCAAGUCAGCUCCGCCGUGCUCUUGCUACAAACUCAGUGGACGAUCACUAACUGGAUGAGAUUUGGGCGAACGUGGCUUAUAAUUAUCACUUCGGGUAUGUCAUGGAAAUAUACUGGGAAGAGUGGAGCACAUUGGAAGACUACUGCAGCAUUGGCUAACCAUACCUAGAAAGGGUGAAAAUCUGCCGAGCAAUCGUUGGAGUGAUAUUCUCCACACAAAGGUGUAGCUUCUGAGUCCUCGUUAGGGUUUGUAGAUUCUGAGAUGAGUUACGAAUUUUUUUUCAAAUUCUUCAAAAGCGAAGUGUUUUCUUUCUGAUCUGUAAAUUUUUACGUGAGCAUAUCAGAAGUACUUUCAUUCUUUCUUGAGGUGUUA